AUGCCUGAUUUCCGGUCUCUACAUGGCGAUCGCGAGAAGCAAAGUGGUACUACACUAGUGCGCACUGAUACAACGACGGCCAUGAUCUCCCCUUCGUCACCGUCUCUCCCUCUCCGUCUCGAGCUUUGUGCUAGCAUGGCGACACGGAUCGCAUAG